UGGCUAGACCUGGAAACCGAGGCAACAUGCUCAUUAAAGGUCAGCUGUCUGUCUAAAAUGACACCAAGAUUCCUAGCAGAAGACGUGGGCACAAGUGUGGUGGAAUCCAGCUGCUUAUCUGAGGAGCCCUGUGUGCGCUUGUUCAAGAUGACUACCGGUCUGUCGUUUUUCCUCUUCCUGUCUUUGGUGUCCAACAUGGCCACUGCUGAGACUCCUGGUUGUAAAAUCCGUAUCACUGACAAAGGACUGGAUAUGUUGAAGGCUGAGACUCAGAAGUUUGUGGAAGAAGAGCUCAGUAACAUCAGCAUGCCAGAAAUGGAGGGCAAAGAUGGACGAUUCCAGUACACCAUCACUGAUGUGAAGAUUACCGAGCUGAAUCUGACCCAUGUGGACCUGCGGUUUAUCCCAGACCUUGGUUUGUUGUUCGACGUUCAGGACUCAUCAAUCUCGCUGAGUUUUCAUCGACGAAUCCUCUACUGGUUCUUUUAUGACACAGGACACAUCGAUGCCUCGGCUGAAGGAGUGAACAUCAACACGGCCGUGGGCCUGAGCAGGGACGACGAAGGUCGACUGAAGAUCAAUAACAUCACCUGUGAUGCCAGAAUCGGCAAAAUGAGGGCUGCGUUCAGCGGGACACUCGGGAGAGUGUACGACUUCCUGGCCAGAUUUCUAACAACAGGGAUGCGCUUCUACCUCAACCAACGGAUCUGCCCGGCUCUAGAUAACGCUGCUCUCGUUCAUGUUAACUCGUUGCUGAAGACAAUCCCUGUGAGGACAGAGGUGGAUUCCUAUAUUGGGAUUGAUUAUUCCCUGAUCGACGAUCCUGUGGUGACGCCCCGGAGCCUGGACAUGAACUUCAGGGGCAUGUUCUUCGACCUGGCUCAUGAGAACAUCCACCAGUCCAACUACGCCGUGGAGCCGGUCAUCAGAGAGUACGACCGCAUGGUUUAUCUGGCCCUGUCUGAGUUCUUCUUUGACAGUGGGAUGUUCUCGUAUUACUCUGCUGGAGUCUUCCAAAUGCACAUCGCCAAUGAAAAGAUGCCAAAAGAUAUGGAAAUGUUGUUAAGAACCACCUACUUUGGAGCCAUUAUGAUGAUGAACCCAGCUCUGGUGGAGGCUCCGCUGUCUCUGCAUCUGGCCGUCACCUCGCCACCAAAAACCUCCAUCAAAACCUCCGGAGCAACCGUCUCCAUGACGGCCUUCGUCAAGGUGAUGGUGCUGCCUCCAGGCCAAGCUCCGGUCCAGCUCACCAGCAUGACCAUGGAAUCAAAGUUUAAUGCCAAAGUUUCCAUGAGGGGAAAACGUUUGGCUGUCCAUGCUGACCUACGCAGGUUUAAAAUCUACUCCAACCAGUCAGCUUUGGAGUCUCUGGCACUGAUCCCCCUGCAGGCUCCUCUGAAGACCAUGCUGCAGAUGUCCGUGGUUCCCCUCAUCAACAACUGGACAAAGAAGGGAGUCCGCAUCCCGCUGGCUGAUGGGAUGGACUUUGUCGAGGAGGUGGUUGAAUAUCACAACGGCUUCAUUGUGAUUGGAGCAAACCUUCACUUCAAUAAAGGACUGAGGGAGAUGAUGGCGGGAAGCAGCGAGUCAAACAACAGCACUGAAACCAGCAACAACACUGUCUGAAUGUUUAUUUGAGGACACAAAAUGGGGAGAGUUUUUCAUCCACCAACAUCUCUGUGUAGCUGUACACGAUCUGUACAGCUGGACGUCAACAAUGGAAAGUAGUGAUGUCUAACCUAACGCCUUGAAUGGAUCCGAUUCCUUCCAGGUUGGUAUCCAAUCAGAUCCCUUGACUCCAUCUGGAUAUACAAACAUAAAGAUCCUGCUGGUGAACCUGGAGCCCACUAACUCAACUACACAUUAAUGUGUCCCACGUUGUUUUAUCUGUGGCAAAAAGAGUGUAAUGAAGCCGUAUGUCUUUGCUUUUAAAAAGGUUGUUUAAAUAGUUUUAAUGUGCUUUUUUGCUUUAUUUUCAAAGGCAAAUGUAAAGACAGACUCUUGUUUUGGGAAAAUGUCAAUGCUUUAAAAAUAUCAUUUACAUUAUUUAUAUAUUAGAUGUUGUGACUUGUGGAAUAAAUAUAUACUUUUUCUGU